AUGUCGUACGGCUACCCCGGUCAAGGCUACGGACCCGGCGGCGGGGGCCAUCACCUUCCUGCCCCUCAGUACGGCGGCGGCUACGGUCAGCAACCGUACGGUGGUUACGGCCAGCACAGUUACGGUCAACAACAGCACGGUGGUCAGCGCUACCAGCGCCCAUCGCAUCCUCCCCCGGAACAUCUCGACCAGUAUGGCUACCCGAAGCAGUCGUCCGGCCACAGCGGCACCCGUGACUUCGGUGGCUCGGGCGGUUCUCCCCCGCCGCCACCCUCCGGAGCGCAGCAGUUCGGCCAUGGUGCUCCCUCGGAAUACACCUUCCAGUACUCUAACUGCACGGGCCGUCGCCGUGCCCUGCUGAUUGGUAUCAAUUACUAUGGGCAGGAAGGGCUUGAGUUGAAAGGGUGCAUCAACGAUGUGAAGAAUCUGUCGGCAUUCUUGGUUGAGAAUUAUGGGUAUAAGCGGGAGGAUAUGGUUAUCCUGACGGAUGAUCCCGAGAAUACUAACCCCAUUACCCAGCCGACGAGGGAGAAUAUCAUCAGAGCGAUGCAGUGGCUUGUGGCGGAUGCCCAGCCGAAUGAUGCGUUGUUCUUGCACUACUCUGGUCACGGCGGCCAAACAGAAGACGAAAACGGCGACGAAGAGGACGGCUAUGACGAGGUCAUCUACCCUGUCGACUUCAAGACCGCCGGCCAUAUCGUCGAUGACGAGAUCCACUACCAUGUCGUGCGCCCUCUGCAAGCAGGCGUGCGUCUGACCGCCAUCUUCGACUCGUGCCACUCCGGUUCAGUGCUCGACCUUCCCUACAUCUACAGCACAAAGGGUGUGUUGAAAGAGCCAAACCUGGCGAAGGAAGCUGGCCAGGGUCUGCUCGAGGCUGUUGGGCACUAUGCACGCGGCGAUGUGGGCAGUGCGCUCGGAUCGGUGUUUAAGCUGGCUCAGUCGGCGAUUCAAGGGAAUAAGGCUUAUGAGCACACCAAGAGGACAAAGACAAGUCCGGCCGAUGUUGUUAUGUGGAGUGGAAGCAAGGAUGAUCAGACUUCGGCCGAUGCAACCAUCUCCUCGCAGGCGACCGGUGCCAUGUCCUGGGCCUUCAUCACCUCACUUAAGAAGAACCCCAAGCCGAGCUACCUGCAGCUGCUUAACAGCAUUCGCGAUCUGCUCGAGGAGAAAUAUACCCAGAAGCCUCAGCUCUCGUCUAGCCAUCCUAUUGAUGUCAACCUCUUGUUUGUUAUGUAA